ACAGCGCUGAUUGGUCGAGAGCGAUGCGGGGGUGGGGGUGGAGCUGUAGCUGUCUGGAGCCAAGAGUGGGCAACGCGGCGUGAGCAGCGGCCCCAGGCUCCCAGAGCAUCGCGCCCGGAGAAAGACUUCGCCGCUCGGGGCCGCAGCCUGUGUGAUCUCAUCGCUGCUCUGUCGUUCGACUUCAUCAAUGUCGUGUUGUGACCUGGCUGCGGCGGGACAGUUGGGCAAGGCGGGCAUCAUGGCCUCGGAUUGUGAGCCAGCUCUGAACCAGGCAGAGAGCCGAAACCCCACCCUGGAGCGCUACCUGGGAGCCCUCCGUGAGGCCAAGAAUGACAGCGAGCAGUUUGCAGCCCUGCUGCUAGUGACCAAGGCAGUCAAAGCAGGUGACAUUGAUGCCAAAACUCGACGGCGGAUCUUUGAUGCCGUUGGCUUCACCUUUCCCAAUCGGCUCCUGACUACUAAGGAGGCACCUGAUGGCUGCCCUGACCACGUUCUCCGGGCCUUGGGUGUGGCCCUGCUGGCCUGUUUCUGCAGCGACCCUGAACUAGCCAGCCAUCCCCAGGUCCUAAACAAGAUCCCCAUCCUUAGCACAUUCCUUACAGCCCGGGGGGACCCUGACGAUGCUGCCCGCCGUUCCAUGAUUGAUGACACCUACCAGUGCCUGACAGCUGUUGCAGGCACACCCCGAGGGCCCCGGCACCUCAUUGCUGGUGGCACAGUAUCUGCCCUGUGCCAGGCAUACCUGGGGCAUGGCUAUGGCUUUGACCAGGCUCUGGCACUCCUGGUGGGGCUGCUGGCUGCUGCAGAGACACAGUGCUGGAAGGAGGCGGAGCCCGACCUGCUGGCUGUGUUGCGAGGCCUCAGUGAGGAUUUCCAAAGAGCUGAGGAUGCCAGCAAGUUUGAGCUCUGCCAGCUGCUGCCCCUUUUUCUGCCCCCAACAACUGUGCCCCCUGAAUGCCACCGGGAUCUGCAGGCCGGGCUGGCACGCAUCCUAGGAAGCAAGUUGAGCUCCUGGCAGCGCAACCCUGCACUGAAGCUGGCAGCCCGCCUGGCUCAUGCCUGCGGCUCCGACUGGAUCCCAGUGGGCAGCUCUGGGAGCAAGUUUCUGGCCCUCCUGGUGAAUCUGGCAUGCGUGGAGGUGAGGCUGGCUCUGGAGGAGACGGGCACAGAGGUGAAGGAGGAUGUGGUAACCGCCUGCUAUGCCCUCAUGGAGUUGGGCAUUCAGGAGUGUACCCGCUGUGAGCAGUCCCUGCUGAAGGAACCUCAGAAAGUGCAGCUUGUGAGCAUUAUGAAGGAGGCCAUUGGAGCUGUCAUUCACUACCUGUUGCAGGUGGGGCCAGAGAAACAGAAAGAGCCUUUCGUGUUUGCCUCCGUGCGGAUCCUGGGUGCCUGGCUGGCUGAGGAGACCUCAUCCCUGCGUAAGGAGGUGUGCCAACUGCUGCCCUUCCUUGUCCGCUAUGCCAAGACCCUCUACGAGGAGGCUGAGGAGGCCAAUGACAUUUCGCAGCAGGUGGCUAACUUGGCCAUCUCCCCCACUACCCCAGGGCCCUCCUGGCCAGGGGAUGCUCUCCGGCUCCUCCUGCCCGGUUGGUGCCACCUGACGGUUGAAGACGGGCCCCGGGAGAUCCUGAUCAAGGAAGGGGCCCCCUCGCUUCUGUGCAAGUACUUCCUGCAGCAGUGGGAACUCACGUCCCCUGGCCACGAUACCUCGGUGCUGCCGGACAGUGUGGAGAUCGGCCUGCAGACCUGUUGUCACAUCUUCCUCAACCUGGUGGUCACCGCGCCAGGCCUGAUCAAGCGCGAUGCCUGCUUCACAUCUCUUAUGAACACCCUGAUGACGUCGCUGCCCUCGCUAGUGCAGCAACAAGGGAGACUGCUUCUGGCUGCCAAUGUGGCCACCUUGGGCCUCCUGAUGGCCCGGCUUCUUAGCACCUCUCCAGCUCUCCAGGGAACGCCAGCGUCGCGAGGUUUCUUCGCAGCUGCCAUCCUCUUUCUGUCACAGUCCCAUGUGGCACGGGCCACCCCUGGCUCUGACCAGGCGGUGCUGGCCCUGUCCCCUGACUAUGAGGGCAUCUGGGCUGACUUGCAAGAGCUCUGGUUCCUGGGCAUGCAGGCGUUCACGGGUUGCGUGCCACUGCUGCCCUGGCUGGCUCCUGCCGCCCUGCGCUCCCGCUGGCCGCAGGAAUUGCUACAGCUGCUAGGUAGUGUCAGCCCCAACUCCGUCAAGCCUGAGAUGGUGGCUGCCUACCAGGGUGUGCUGGUAGAAUUGGCGCGGGCCAACCGGCUGUGCCGGGAGGCCAUGAGGCUGCAAGCAGGUGAAGAAACAGCCAGCCAUUACCGCAUGGCUGCCUUGGAGCAGUGCCUGUCAGAGCCCUGAGGGGCAUCCAGUAGGGAUAGACCCAGGGGCGGGCAGCGAGGGAAGGAGGGAAGAGGCAUCUUCCCUGAAGCCCCCAAACUGGACCCCUUCUUCAGACUUCCCCUACAAACAUCCCAGCUUUCUGGCUUUUCCGAGGGCUAGGGCACGAUGCCCACCUCUCAAGUAUAAGGAACUGCAUCCUGCCCCCAGUCCCCCUGGGGCAGGGAUUGGCUUGGAACAGAGGUUGCCCCGCCAGGCCGGGGAAGGUUGGAGCAGCCCCCAGAAAGAGGGCAACUAAGUGUCAUUAUACCCAAUGUCUGGCUCCCUGACAGGAGGGAGGUUCCAGGGUAGGAGCGGGCUGGCAGGCGCUGACUGCCUCAGCCUGUGUGCCCUGCCGGCCAGGGCGUGGCCUCCCCAAGGCUGUGGUGCCCCUUCUGGCUCCCCAAGGUCCGCGCCCUUUAAAGUGGCCAUUUGGUUCUUGCCUUUGGUCCUCUUGGACAGAGAGCAGGCUCAGGCCAUUAACAUCACAGUUCUUCCUUUCAACUUCAGUGACCCAGGGUCCGAGUUGCCCCCUGCCCUUCCAGGGCAGUUUGGAGCAGGCAGACCAGUGGGGGGGUGGGGAACUUCCUUCCACCUGUGCUUCCUUGAGGGGACCCAAGAGCCCUUGGUCCCGUGUCUCUUGAGCUUUUGUGUCAUAUUGCAGCAGGGUGAAGAUGGGGGUUGGGGGUUAUUUAUUUUGCUUGUCCUUAUCCCUGCUUGGACACCUAAGCAUCAGAUCCCUGUGCCCCUGGUGCCAUCUGGCCUGGCUGGAGCCAGGCACAGGAGGUUACACCGCCCUAGAAUCCGCAUGUUUUCCCGGUGAUUGCACUCCACUGCCACCGUGGUGCCUGGCUUCAGCUCCUCUACCCUGAUCCCUGCUUAGACUCCUCUCUGCAGGGAGACGCGACUGGCGGCUCCAGCAGGAACUAUCUUUCUGAACCCUUGGAGACCCGCAUACACCCAACCCCUUGCUUCCCUCUUCCCCCCAGUGCGUUCUGUGAUCGCCAAGUUCAAAGCUGUGCACAUGUGGACACUCAAUAAAUGUUCAUUGGUGA